AUGGGCAUGUACCCCGAUAAUGACCCUCCAGGUCCGGCGACUGCCUACGACUGCGGCCGUGGUUUCCAGGCUGGUGGUACGGGCACCUAUGCCGACCCCCUGACAUUUGCCUCUGCCCCUGGCGAGUUCAACCAGUGUGAGAUCAUAUACGAUCCGUACACGAAAAAGUACUUGCGCUUCGAGGACUUCUGCGCUCAGUGCGACACCGACUGGAAGGCUAGCCCGCGCAUCAACCACAUCGAUCUCUGGACUGGCAGUACCACUGUGAAUGGUGGCCAGGAACAAAUCCAGUGUGAGAACGAUCUUACGCCAGCAGAGAGGAGCCAGACUAUCGUGAGACAGCCGAGGCAGGGUCUCCCAGUGGACACGACCAAACUGUACGUCAAAGGUGCCAGCCCGGCCUGCCGAACCAGCCACGUCUUCCCCAGUUACAACAUUGGCGACUAUUGCUAG